GGUUUGUCCUUCCUCAGCCACCGUAGGCUACGUCAGACGUAAAUACUGUCUGCUAACCUACAGCUAGCUACUUGUUAAGACAACAUGGCCUUUACUUUGUACUCUCUCAUUCAAGCAGCAGUCCUGUGCGUCAAUGCUGUCGCUGUAUUACAUGAAGAAAGAUUUCUGAGUAAAAUUGGCUGGGGAGUAGACCAAAGUGUCGGAGGUUUUGGUGAUGAACCAGGCAUCAAAGUGCAGCUAAUGAACCUUAUCCGCUCUGUGAGGACAGUAAUGAGAGUGCCGUUGAUUGCAGUGAAUUCAGUCUGCAUUGUGCUGCUGCUUCUGUUUGGAUGAAGAGGAGUGAGUGAAGAUGGGACCAGCCAGUCUGCUGUCAGGAGAAAAUCUCCAUCACCUCAGGAACCCUUCUGCUGAAACAUUUUCAUCUCGCUGAAACACAGAAUGUCUCCUGUCAGCCUGAAUAUGAAUGUUGUCCCUUGAUAUUCCACAUCAAUACAUGGGAUAUUUGUUAAGGCUUGUUUAUACAGCACAGUAAUUCAAAAUAUGUAAAUACAGCUACUUAGUAUGGUUAACUUCUCUCUUCUUUUGAAUAGUACAAUAAAAUGCUGAAUAGUGAACACAUUUGCUUUUGAUUAAAAUAUUGAUAUGAAAAACAAA